UCUUCCUUUUCUUUUUUUUUUUCCCCGGGUGUUUCCUCUUCAUCUUUGAGGCCGAUGCCUUGCCCAUGAUGGCCGUUUGGGCAUAAAUCAAGUGGUGGUUGGCUCACGUUCGACGUCCCUUUUUUGAUUGGUAUUUGAAGCCCUAGGUACUAGAACGCCCCUGCUAGGCCCAGCCGGUGUUGCAACUAUUGAUGCUCCUAACCUUUUGAUUCGCUCUCCCCCGAGCUUCCGGCGGAGGCUUCGAUUUUUGAUAUUCUCCUUCACUCCCUCUCUAUUAUUAUCAUUCUUUUGUUCUCCCAAGUCGCUCAUACCUAGGCGAUUUUGUCACCUUCCUUUUUUGUUUUUGUCCUUCGGCUGUCAUUUUUGCUGCUUCAUUGGUCCACUACGCUGGACCCUCUUCCUAUAGCCGGGUAAUCUGUCUCUCCCUCAUCCCAUCCGUCGAUCAUUGACUUCACCAGUCGAUAUUUGCGACCCCGCCGGUGGCUGGCUUUCAUCCAUUUGUCGUUUGUCUAUCAGUGCUAUCAUGGGAUCACUGCCCACCGACGAUCUGUAAGCCCCUGUUCCAGAAACCCACGGCUACGCACAGCGCAAGCCACAACCCUUGAGGGGAAGAGACUAUCGAUAAAAGGGGCUCAGCCACGAACCGAAAAAGAGGGUGACGGUGUCCCGCGAAAAGUCCAGCUGGUCGCCCUUUAAACCAUGUCUCCUCGGUCUCAACCAAUGCUACCCAGCAAUGGAGCUCGCGACUGUUCGCCACCACCCUCCAAAAUCCUCUCGGAAGAUAUCAGGAUAUCAGACCCCAUUCCCUUCGCUAGGAGUAGUCAGGAUGCGGUCGAUGUCCUUCCGCUUCAUAAUUCGGAGCUUGUCUCCGCAUCCGCAGUCCUCUCGACGAACAAGCCAACGACUGCUAUGCCUGGCCUAGACAACUCGCGUCACUCCACCCGCAUCAAUCCAUUGAAUGCCGCAACAUCUCAUGCUCCUCAAAGUUCAAUCUCCACGGCUAUGACGAAGGAUUCUAUCACUCGUAGAAGAAGGGGUAGCACCUUGAAAUCGGUAAUGCGCAAGAUUUUCGGUCGGAAGCGGCGAAGUGACCCUGAAUCUUUGAGAAGGGAAGCUCACAAUAUUUCCCUACCACCACAGUGGACCCCUACUCUAGAGACUGUAGGGCAUCCAGUUAAGAUGGUGUCUGGAUCUUUGCGGUCGCGAUCGAAUAGAGCGCCAUCCUUGCCAACCAAUCCCGGCUCACUGGUACAAACCCCUCCUCAGAGCCCCUUGAAGAGUGCGGGGGGAUCUCAUUCGCGGCGAUCAGGUAACAGGUCACCAAAAUUGGACUACCGACGGCCACGGCGACGGGCAACCUUGCCAAGUAUUGUUUUAUCAGCACACGAAGCCCGCGACCUUGCCAUUCAAAUUGCCCAGCAGAAUUCGAGGAGGAACAGCAUCCAUUCGCCAACACGUGGUGUCGAAUUGCCGGACGCGUUUGAACAAAAGACAUCAAGGCAACAAAAAAGACGAUCGCGGAGCGCAUCUGAAUUGAGGGACAUGGCAAGAGCUCAUCGCAUGUCUCCAAUACAAUGGCGACGGCGUAGUGACGAGAUUAAGUUCUGGAGGGAAAGCUUUCUCAAGAUGGAUGCGAGCCCAUCCAUGUCCGCCCGACCUGAAACCCGAAGCACAAUUGCGAGUGUUUUAGAAGACACAGACCAUGCAGAGGUUGAGCAGUCGCUAGACGAUCCUUUUCAUUUCACCGCACUGAUGGGGACGAUGCAAGAUAAUUCCGACACCGGCCUUGCGCAGCGAGUGAAUAUGUUGGAAGUGAAGCUGAUGGAUCUUGAAUUUGCUAUCGCGAAACUUCAGGGUCAUGACUUUUGCCCAGUCAAGCAGACUUUUGAGGCUGGGAUGCGACGGAAUCCCCCAUAUAACAGUAACCAACAAGCCACAGUGACAAAAGCCCUUCCAUCUAACUUCGUCAGUUCAUUCACGCCUCCUAGAAGCUCACCCACCCCCGACAGGCCCGACAGUACAGCAACACUGCGCCCAUAUACAGCUAGCCACAACGCCUCCUGCCAGACGCCAUCGUCAUUCGCUUCCGACUUCAAGGGAAUCUCAGUGGAACAAUACAGCGCCUUAACAACCCUCGUCCGGCGAGAACAGACUGCGCGCAAGCUUCUCGAGCAGCAAAUCUUCCAACUGCAGCGGGACGUUUCGCAAUUGCAGAGCUACCAGCGGCCCACAGGUCAACAAAGCUUCCUGCUACCAUCUUACUCAGAUUCUUCGGACAGACUCUCGUCUCGACGGGGUAGCGAUAGAAAGACGAACCACGAUCCUCCUGAGACCGAUAGUGACGAUGGGUUUAUGGCAGCACACCAUAGAAAGAUCGAGGACGCCUACCGACGCGCCAACAUGGAGACGCCAGAAAGAAACCGGGUCGCAGGGAUGAUAUGACAGGAUUUAAUAAUUACUUCAAUGUUGCUUCCAUUAACUAUUUUCUCCAACGGCCUUCAUAUCAUCAUACUUCAGCUUCGUUCGUUAUUUCAUUGUUUUAUUUAUUUAUUUCCCCACGUGAAAGCGUCCCAGCGUUUUGAUUCAUGAUCUUUAUAUAUAUAUAAUUCCUCGCUCCUCCCAACUCCCUCAUUGCAGUAGCACAUACACACCGAAUUCAACGGGGGGAGAAGAAACGGGGUGAUAUGGCGGUCUCCCUAUCUCCCUAUAUAUUUUAUUGACUUGUACUGUACAUAUAUAUAUGCCCUUAGUAUUUACAUUGUUUCUGUUUUACAUAACUCACGACUUUCGGAUCGAUACCCGAUGAAUCCUGCUCUUUUCCUAUGGGCGCAAGUUUUUAUAUUUCUGCCUUUGGUUAUAUUAUCUGGUUUGUUUUCGAAAGCCUCUCUCCCACCAGUCACGCUGUAGUUAGUUACUUGUUGUUAUCUAUGUGUUUAUUACCUUUUCUAUUCCCUUCUCUGUUUUAAUUCUGCACAUUAUGACCUUCUUUUUGUCCUGCUUUUUUUUCUUUUCUUAGAACUCUCAGGAAAGCGAAGCCUUCAUGCAUUCCUUCCAUUGGUUUUUAUUUGCUUCAUAUCCAUGCGGCUUUGGUUUUCACAUCAAUAUUUUCUUACACUUUGAAGUUCUGAUGUUGAUUGAUUAUUUCUUCUGUGGAAGGUGUAAAGUUUGCUUGAUUGAAAAGGUUGCUAGCUAGGUUGUGGGAAGUUAUAUGGCGGAAGGAUUAGUAAGCCAGAUCACCUGACCUGACAGUUUGAUACACAUAUUCGUAAUCUCG